GUGGACAGUCUGAAGAGGGCCUUCUCCAAAGCGAAUAUAGAGAAGAAGAUGAACAAGAUUGUGUCACAGGAGAAACGAGAGAAGAUGAAGAAGAGCCUGACACCCAACCACCCAAAGAGCUCCUCCUUCAAAGUGUCCCCUCUCACGUUCAACAUCAAGAAGAAUCGUAAGUCUGAGGGCCAACCUGAAGCUGAAGCAGAGGCCUCAUCCCAGACCGGGGUUUCGCCUACUGCCGUGGCCUCCAUCGAGAUCUCCCCGCUGGCCAACCCUGAUGAGGAGGUCCUCUUCACCGAGGUGCACUCCCAACUGGCUCCAGGGCUGGAGGAGUCCAAGGAUGAGGCUUUGGAGAUGGAAGAGGUGGCUGUCAGUGAAGUUCCAGAAUCUGACGAAAUUCCAGAAUCCAACGGUUUUUCUGAUUCCAAACCGUUCCUAGAAUCACACGUUCCUGAGGCGGAUGUGGAUCUGUCGGUUAUGACAGAGGGAGGGAGCGAGGAGUACGCUCUCUCUGCCACRCUCCCGCAUGAUGCCUUCCACUCUAUCUCGCCCUUCCAUGAGGAAGACAGGGAGGAAAAGGUGCAGAGGGAGAAAGAGUAGGAGAAGGAAGGAGAGAAGGAAGUGUAGAAAGAGGUGGAGGAGAAGGAAGAGGAGUAAGAGAAGGAGGAGAGACUUGUGGAAUAGGAGCCCAGCUGUCAAAGUCCCCUAAAACACACACACACAAAAUAAAUACACAUAUACCUAUUCCCUAACAUACUUCCCCACUCCCACUCCCACACUCUGUCCAUCAUCCUCUAAAAAACUCAGACCCUCUGUUCAAAAACACACACCCA